AUGCAGUCACAAGAACCGCGAUAUCCGCCCUUUCUAGUUUUUACUUCUUCAACACGUGCAAUGUCCCCUCCGGUGUCGGGUUUCGCAAAGGCCGCGACUUCCGAGGGCCCCAGCGGUGCGGAAUCUGGGCUGGUCGGCUUAUUCACGAAUCCCCGCAGGGCAUGGGAACACCCGUGCGACGAUGGUGUCACCGAGAAAAAACAGCCCCGGUCUACCAUGGCCGAGGGAUGGAAUGGUUAUGUUGGCAACUGUGUCUAUUCUAAAGCAUCUCCAUCUGUAGCCAAUUGGAGCGAGGACUUUGAUGUCUUCAUACCUGGCAUUGCUUGA